GCAAAACCGACUCUUACUAACUACAGACCGCUAAGUUUUCUCACCAGUCACGUGUUUCACCUGACGCAAACGUCACUUCCUGUCGCCUCGUCUCCGUGUCCAACAUCAAAUACUUCGACUGCGGCCCCCAGCGUGCUGUGUGGGCGUCGCGCUUUAGCAGCGUGUACCAGAUGAACCCUGACUUCUUUGUCACGUGGACGGUGGUCGCCGGCGUGGUGUGGGUGUACUCUGUCUUGGCGGUGGAGCUGUUGAUUAGUGUCCUGCUUGCCGUCACCCUGCUACGUCACAGCCGCCGACGCAAAGACAUCACCACCAGCGACGGCGACAAGCGAGACAGACAGGUUCGGCAGACGACCAAAACGGUUCUGGUGUCCAGUCUUCUCUUUCUAUUCCUUAAUCUCCUUCAAGUUACCAACUCCAUUGCCGAUUCUUUGGUUCCUACUUAUAACAGCUUGCCAGGACUGCGCUACACCUACCUGUUCGUCCACAACAUGGGGACAGCUGUCCUUCAGCUUGAGUCUGUGUUCUGACCUCCUCACCUUCUUCAUCCUCAGCUCCACACAUCGCAUGGCCUUCCGGAAGCUGAUUAGCAGCAUGUGUGCAGCCUCGGCAAACAGGAUGCUAAGAAGAAAGAAAGUUUGACAGGACGCAGUGAGACAUAUACACAAAGCCAGGUACUCUCCUCGGUUAUUCAAGAAAGUCUGAGUCUUUGAAAUGCUUUAACAAAAACAAAACCAAAAAAUGACAUCUGUAAAUUUUGCAGCUGAUUAAAGUUUCGUCAAGGCAGUCAUUAUUUUACACUUUGGAAUCGAGCUUUAUGUUAUAAGCAUCUUCUUGAUAUAACAAUUCGUGAGAUGUUUAAUCUAAAAAUACGCUUAAUUUUUAUAAUAAAUGCCUAAUAAUAUACCAAAACUUACUCCAGGUGUUGUUUCGGCAUCCGUAGGUAGACUGUGCCUUUUGCUUCUGUAGCAUUUACUUGCGAGAAGAAUACAUUUGUUUUGUUGGCAGCUGAACUAGAAAUAAUUCUCGUUCCAUCCACUAAAAGGACUUAAAUUUCCGGUUAAUUUUUUAUUUGUCUGUCACUAGUGUUUCAAAAUCUUUUCCAAGGAACAUUGCUCAAAAUACAGAAUAAAGAAGAGAAAUGUAACAAUCUUCAUGACAAGAUCUCAUAGAAAUC